AUGGAGGAGAGCUACAAAAGCUCGGAGAAGCACGAAAUAUGCACGAGCUUCGAAAACAUAGGAAUUGACGAGGGGCUGCUGAGGGGGAUCUACGCGUACGGAUUUGAAAAGCCGUCGGCCAUCCAGCAGAGGGGCAUCAAACCGAUUCUUAGCGGGAGAGAUGUCAUUCUGCAGAGCCAAAGUGGGACUGGAAAAACGUGCGUCUUUGCCGUGGGCGCGCUGAACUGCGUUAAUAGGAAUUUGAGCGAAACGCAGGUGAUUAUCCUGUCGCCUACGAGGGAGCUGGCAGAGCAGACGCAGAAGGUUUGUCUCGCCUUGGCAGAUUACAUCCACGUAACUAUAUACUGUUGCAUAGGGGGGAAGAAAAUGAGCGACGAUAUAAAGGCGUUAAGCAAUGGAGUGCAUAUCAUUAGUGGGACCCCAGGGAGAAUAUACCACAUGCUAAAUUUGAGGCACUUGAAAUGUAAAUAUAUAAAACAGCUGGUGAUUGACGAGGCAGAUGAAAUGCUAAACAAAGGGUUCAAAGAACAGGUCUAUGACAUCUACCGUUUCUUGUCUCCCAACACGCAGAUCGUCCUCUCGUCAGCCACCCUCCCACAGGAGGUAUUAGAAAUCACAAACAAGUUUAUGCAUAGGCCGGUGAAAAUAUUAGUAAAGAGAGACGAACUGACUUUGGAGGGAAUCAAACAGUUCUUUGUUUCAAUAGAAAAGGAGCAGUGGAAAUAUGAAACGUUAGCAGAUCUGUAUGAGAGUUUGACCAUCACACAGGCUGUUGUGUUUUGCAACACCAAAUUGAAGGUUGACUGGCUCACGAAGAAGAUGCAGGAGGCUAACUUCACCGUUUGUAAAAUGCACGCAGGGAUGAGUCAAAGUGAAAGAGACGAUAUUAUGCUCAAAUUUAGGCAGUGCAAAUUCCGCGUACUUAUAUCUACAGACAUUUGGGGAAGGGGGCUCGACGUACAGGAGGUCUCCCUCGUCGUUAACUAUGACCUGCCCAACUCUCGAGAGAGCUACAUCCACCGCAUCGGGCGCAGUGGCCGCUUUGGCCGCAAGGGCGUCGCCAUCAAUUUUGUGAAAAACGACGACAUAAAGAUUCUGCGGGACAUCGAGCAGUACUACUCCACGCAGAUCGACGAGAUGCCCAUGAACAUCACGGAGUUGCUCUGA